UCAGGUGUGUUUGGUGUUGAUGGAGAUGAAGUGAAGUCAGUGUCAGUGAUGGAGGGAGAUUCUGUUACUUUAUACACUGAUAUUACUCAAAUACAGAGAGAUGAUCACAUACUGUGGCUGUUUGGACCUCAGGGGACUCGUAUUGCUCAAAUUGAUAAAAAAAGCAUUGAUGUGUAUAACAGUUUUAAUAUAUUUGGAGACAAACUGAAUCUGGACAGUCAAACUGGAUCUCUCACCAUCACAAACAUCAGAAUCACACACACUGGACUUUAUAAACUACAGAUCAUCAGUAAAAGUGGCAUUAAAUACAAGGCAUUCAGUGUUACUGUCUAUGCUUCUCUGUUUGUUCCUGUCAUCGUCAAAAAAUCUUCAUCAGGAAGAUCAUCAGUCUCAAAAUGUGUGUUGUUGUGUUCAGUGUCAAAUGUGAGAGAUGUGAGUCUGUCCUGGUACAAAGGAAACCGUUUAUUGUCCAUCAUUAGUGAGUCUGAUCUCAACAUCAGUCUCUCUCUACCUCUUGAGGUUGAAUAUCAGGAUACAAACACAUACAGAUGUGUAGUGAGCAAUCCCAUCACAAACCAAACUCAACAUCUCAACAUCAAUCAUCUCUGUCAGACGAGUUCAGGUGCGUUUGGUGUUGAUGAAGAUGAAGUGAAGUUGUUAUUGACUGAGGGAGAAUCUGUUCCUCUACACACUAAUAUUACUGACAUACAGACAGAUGAUCACAUACUGUGGAUGUUUGGACCUUAUGGGCCUUGUACAGCUCAAAUCUAUAAUGCAAGUAUAGUUAUGCAUGAGUGUAAUAAGUUAUUUGGAGACAGACUGAAGGUGGACAGUCAGACUGGAUCUCUCACGAUCACAAACAGCACCAUUAAAGACUCUGGACUUUAUCAACUAGAGAUCAGAGACAGAGAAACUAAGAUCAUCAGAUCAUUUAAGAGAUUCAAUGUUAUUGUCUAUGGUGAGUAA